UCAAUUCUACUUCCUUCAGGAGUGAUUCUCAGUCCCUGGCCCAGUGAUCUCCAGACCUGGAGCCUUCACAGUCACACAGGUCUGAACUUGACACUUCAUACUGAAUACCAUGGCCCUGGACAGCAAUCCGAGGGAGGCAUUGCUUUGGGCCUUGAGUGAUCUUAACGAACAUGACUUCAAGAUAUUAAAGUUCCACUUACGGGAUAGAACCCUGCUUGCGGGCCAAGGGCUGGCCCGAGGGGAGCUGGAGGGCCUGAGUCGGGUGGACCUGGCUUCUCGGCUGAUUUCGAUGUACGGCGCACAGGAGGCUGUGAAAGUGGUGCUCAAGGUCCUGGAGGUCAUGAACUUAUUAGAACUUGUAGACCAGCUCAGCCACAUUUGCCUAAAUGAUUACAGAGACGUAUACCGAGAGUAUGUGCGCUGCCUGGAGGAGAGGCAAGAAGAGGGAGUCAGCCGCAGCUACAACCAGCUGCUCCUGGUGGCCAAGCCCAGCUCAGGGAGUGUCCCCCAGGAGCAGGAGCUGGACUCUGUCACGGUGGAGGCUCUAUUUGAUUCAGGGGAAGAGCCCAACCAAGGCCCACCCAUAGUGGUGCUACAAGGGUCGGCUGGUACUGGAAAGACAACACUGGCAAAAAAACUGGUCCUGGACUGGGCCACUGGCAGCUUGUACCCAGGCCGGUUUGAUUAUGUCUUUUAUGUGAGCUGCAGAGAAGUGGUCCUGCUGCCAGAGGGCACGCUGGACCAGCUCCUCAUCUGGUGUUGUGGGGACAAUAAAGCACCUGUCACAGAGAUUCGGAGGCAGCCGGAGCGGCUCCUGUUCAUCCUAGACGGCUACGAUGAGCUACAGAGGCCUUUUGCAGCAAGGCUGAGGAGGCUGGGACCCAGCCGCACAGAGGACGUCCUGCACCGUCUAAUUAGGAGAGAGGUACUUCCCACGUCCUCCCUUCUCAUCACCACUCGGCCUCUGGCUUUGCGGAACCUGCAGUCCUUGCUGAAACAACCACGCCAUGUCCAUGUCCUGGGCUUCUCUGAUGAUGAGAAGGAGAAGUAUCUCCACUCAUACUUCACAGAUGAGGAGCAAACCAAAAAGGCCAUUGACUUUGUACGUAGAAAUGACGUUCUCUACAAAGCAUGUCAGGUUCCAGGCCUUUGCUGGGUGGUCUGCUCCUGGCUGAAGGGGCAGAUGGAAAGAGGUGGAGAGUUCCCAGAGAUUCUCAGUAAUGACACUGACAUCUUCAUGGCCUAUGUCUCCACCUUUCUGCCACCUACUGACAAUGAGGGCUGCCCUGAGCUUACCCGACACAAGGUCCUGAGGGGUCUGUGCUCCUUGGCAGCUCAGGGGAUCCAGCACCAGCGGUUCCUGUUUGAAGAAGCUGACCUCAAGAAGCACAAUUUGGAUGGGUCCAGCCUUGCUGCUUUCCUGAGCAGCCACGAUUACCAAGAGGGACUUGAUAUCAAGAAAUUCUACAGCUUCCGCCACAUCAGCUUCCAGGAAUUUUUUCAUGCCAUGUCCUACCUGGUGAAACAGGACCAGAGCCAGCUGGGGGGAGAGACCCUCAGAGAAGUGACUAGGCUGAUGGAUGACAAGGGGCAGGCAGGGAAUGAGGAGAUGACCCUCAGUAUGCAGUUCUUACUGGACAUGUCAAAAAAAGAGAGUUCCUCAAUCUUUGAGCUAACAUUCUGCUUUAAAAUUUCCCCUUCAAUAAAGCAGGAUCUGAAGAACUUCAAAGAACAAAUGAACUCUAUAAAGCACAACAGGACCUGGGAUUUGGAAUUCAACCUGUAUGAGUCGACAAGGAAUCUGGUAAAGAGUGUUCAGAUGAGUGACGUAGCAUUUAAGAUGCAACAUUCGAACAAAGGAAAAUCUGACAGCAGGAAAACAUGUUUCAAAACCCGACUGAGUAAAGCAAAGAAAGAGGAGCAAAAAUGUCCAGUUGUGGACAAAGGUAGCAUAACAGGGACACAGAAGAAGGCUUCUAAUGGAAAAGACAGAGAAAGGGAAGGGGAACUAGAGACAAGGAGGGCAGGAGGACAGGAAGAAGAGAAAUGGAGACACUAGAGCUGAAGGGGGAUGGUGGGAUAGAGAGACAAGAGGAUGGGGGAGAGAGUGGAAAGGAAUGGAGAGAUGUGAGGUUAGACUAAUGGGCACAAGGAGUGGAAGGACAGAGGAGCAAAUGGAAAGGAGAAGUAGAAAAAGAUCAGACUUGGAAGAUAGGACUUGGGGAUUUGAAGCCACAUGAAUGGGUCCUAGGAACAAUCACAGGUGUCAACAAUGACUCAAGUUCAGUUAUUUAGCACUCCCCACCCCACACCCAGGCUGUCUGUAACUUCCCAAAGUGCAGAGUCUGACAUUUGACUCUUUCCUGUAAAAUAAACUCCUUAAUAUAAUAC